AGUCACCCACCUCGGAAAAAUCUUAGGAGAAAAUCCGGCAUGGAUGAUUCUUGGUUGGUUGAGUGCCAAAACUCGAUGGGGUGUUUAUGGGAUGACGAAUCUCUUCCUUUCAACGUGAAUGAUUCGCAAGAGAUGGUGCUGUUGGAGGUGUUAGCGGCGGAGACGAGCGGAAAAGAGUCGUCGGAGGAGGAGGUGAGUUCGGAGGAGCCGAAGAAGGAGGAGAAGAGUUGGAGAGGGGUGAGGAAGCGGCCGUGGGGGAAGUUCGCGGCGGAGAUAAGGGAUUCGACGAGGAAUGGGGUGCGGGUUUGGCUGGGGACGUUUGAUAGCGCGGAGGCGGCGGCGAUGGCGUACGAUCAGGCGGCGUUUGCCAUGCGGGGGUCGAUGGCGGUGCUUAACUUCCCGGAGGAGGUGGUGAGGGAGUCGCUGAGGGAGAUGAAGUGUGGGUUUAAAGAAGGGUGUUCGCCGGUGGUGGAGCUCAAGAGGCGCCACUCCAUGAUCCGGAAGAGAUCGGCGUGUCGCCGGAGAAAUGGAGCGAAGAAGAAUGUGGUGGUGCUGGAGGAUUUGGGGGCUGAGUUCUUGGAGCAGUUGCUCACUUCGUCGGAAUCCGCCACAACUUCAACUUGGUGAAAGUGAAACAAAAUCUGUAUCCUCCCCUCCCCUGUUGUAUGAUUUGUUCAUCACUUCAUUUAAUUUUUCCUUCUUCCAUAAAACAAAAGGAGUAAAUAUGUUGGGGGUGGACAAGAUGGUUAGGCUAUUCGCUUGGUAGCUUGGUAACCUAAGCUGAUUUAUCUCUUUGUUGUCAUUUGUCAGUUAGGAUCAUAAGACAUGAUUUACCUAAUUCACACCCUCAAGUAGUGUAUGUGGGGUGGACAAAUUGGUUAGGCUAUUGCAUUGGUAACUUAAGCUGAUUUA